AUUUGACAGCUACUUUUCUAGACAAAACGUUUGUUUUAUAAAAAGAAUUUCUUUUCGUUGCAUUUCUUCAACUUUUUAUAUAGCAACGAAGCUCUUGUUUCUUUAAGCCAUGGCAGUUGUAAUCGAAACAACUCUUGGCGAUAUUACGGUGGAUCUGUUUAUCGAAGAACGCCCAAGAGCAUGCCUUAACUUUAUAAAGCUUUGUAAACUGAAAUAUUACAAUUACAAUUUGUUUCACACAAUCGAGCGGGAUUUUAUUGCCCAAACAGGUGACCCCACCGGUGCCGGAGAUGGCGGUGAAUCUGUAUGGGGAGUUGUAGAGGGUUCGCAUAAGCGUUUCUUCGAAGCGGAAUCAUUGCCAAAGAUAAAACACACAAUCCCGGGACUUCUGUCUCUUGUGAGUGUGGGGAAGUUUAUGGUUGGGUCGCAGUUCUUCUUUACUCUCGGUCCGGACCUUACAUCUCUGGAUGCAGUGCAUUGUGUUAUUGGAGAAGUUGUUGAAGGACGAGAGAUCCUAAGGAAAAUGAAUGAAGCAAUUGUUGAUGAAAAGUUCCGCCCCUACCAGGACAUUCGGGUGACGCACACUGUCAUUCUGGACGAUCCCUUCAGUGACCCAAGAGGGUUCCAAGUGCCCAACCGAUCUCCAUCGCCCUCUGCUGAACGAAUGAUAAAUGGCAGAAUUGGCGCCGAUGAGGAUAUAGACGAUACCGCCGGCAAGACGCCGGAGGAAAUUCAAGAAAUGCUAGCCGAACGCGAGGCUAAAGCCAGAGCAACUAUCUUGGAGAUUGUUGGUGAUUUACCAGAUGCGGAUAUUGCCCCACCUGAGAAUGUUCUUUUCGUUUGCAAACUUAAUCCAGUUACCACCGAUGACGAUCUGGAAAUCAUUUUCAGCCGUUUUGGAAAAGUCAAGGGUUGUGAAGUUAUCCGUGAUAAGCUCAGUGGAGAUUCCUUGCAAUAUGCUUUUGUGGAAUUCGAAGACCAAAAAUCCUGUGAAGCGGCAUACUUCAAAAUGGAUAACGUUCUCAUUGAUGACCGCAGAAUCCAUGUGGACUUCUCACAGUCGGUUUCAAAGGUGCAGUGGCGUGGGAAGGGCCGUGGACUUGUCCAUAAAGACGAAAAGGACAGAAAACUUGAUUUCAAUAAUUUACGGGGUAACAAUAGAGGAGGAGAGAGGCAGAGAAAUAGAGAUCAAAGUCGAUCGCCGGUAAGGAGGUCGGACAAGAACUCACGCCUCGAAGAUUAUAAAAGAUCUUCCAACAGAGCAGCUUCACCUCAGCCCAAGAGGAGGCAAGAUGAACGUCCACCAAGACGGAGUAGUCAUUAUCGUUCAAACUCUAGAGAAAAACCAUCGUCUAAAAGGAGGGAAUCACCUAAGGACAGACGCCCUGUGAGACAACGUUCCAACUCCAGGUCUCCAGUUCAAAGAAGAAGGGACUCCCCCACCAAAAUAUCACAAACAAAAGAAAGACGACGGUCUCCUGUUCAAAAGUCCAGACACCGUUCGACAUCAGGGGAUAGAAAUCGUCCGAGGAAUCGUUCCCCAGAUGAUAGACAACGAAGGCGAUCACCACCAGGAAACGACAGAAGACGUAUCCCAGAUCGUCCAUCGGCUAGACAUGAACAAGAACGACGUCGAAACUUUGAUGAGUCCUCAAGAUCAAGGGAGCAAAGGAGAAAAUCUCCUCCAUCUAGAAAUGAAACCGAUAGGCGUGGAAAUAAUGAUGGAUCAAGAUUAAAAGUUGAUCGAAUUAAUAUGCCACAAGAAAACCGCGAAAAGCCACGAAGGAGUGAAUCUAGUUCUGUUGCUGCGAAAUCAAAGGAAAAACAUCCUAAAUCGAAGAAAAGUAAGAGACGAAAGUCAGUUACAUCAUCGUCCAGCAGCUCUGGAUCAGAGUCCGAUUCGUCGACUUCCUCUUCAGAAUCUUCAUCUUCCCCCUCAUCCUCCAGUUCCGAUGACAAGCGUAAGAAAUCAAAAAAAUCCAAAAAAUCUACAAAACAAAAAUCCAAGAAGCAACCCAAAAAGAAAUCUAAAAAACACAACUCUUCUAGUUCUAGCGAUUAGAAGAGAACGACGACUCUUGAAGAAAGAACAUUUUUAAACAUUUCUAAAUACAUUUUUGACUGUAGAACUACUUUUUAAGAUUUAUUUUUUUUUUAUUAAUUUUUGCCAGCUUGUGGUUCUGCCCCACCACAUUUUGAAGCACCACGCCUAGGCUUUUCAAUAACGGCAUCAGGAUUGAAGGGCACAUUUUCCAAUCGAGGUACUUCUUCUCUAAUAUUUACCUC